CCACUACCUAAAAUCUCCAAAUUCACCCAAUCAUCAUCAUCCAAUGCCUGAUCACCAUCGGCGAAACUUUUUCCCCUGAUUAAACGCGUUAUCUUCACCUAAUCCACCAUAAAAUCGUGAGCUCACCCACACGGAAAUAAUUAACAACCCAGUUCCAACGGCUACCUGCAGAUUCUCGUGUCCGUUUGCAGGAGCAGGUAAAAGGAAUCGCUUAGCUUACCCAGGAAGGAGGAAAGCCAAAUCAGUCUUGGCUUCGAAGCCCCCGCGCAGUUGCGUUCAAGAUUGAAAUGGUAUCUCAUAUCUUUUGUUCCAUUUGGUCGGCGGAAAACCGAAAGAAUAUUCAUUACUCGUUAGUUGAUUCUCAUGAGGAAGUUGGAUCUUCGUAACAGCCUUUCUCCUCGUUCUGGGAGAUUGAGAGAUCUUAGGGAUUCAUUUCGUCAUCUCGUGUCUAGGAGUCAUGAAUCAGUCGCAGACGAUGUAACAUCUGAGAGUGUAUUGAAGGACUUCUGUAUUCCAGAUUACAUUCUUGUGCCUGGAUCAGAGGUCGAUAAUGAGUCUCAUUUGCCUUCCUGUCCUGUCAUUGUGUUCAUCAAUUCAAAAAGUGGGGGACAGCUCGGAGGGGAACUUCUUGUUACGUAUCGCACCCUUCUUAACAAAAACCAGGUUAUUGAUUUGGGAGAAAAGACUCCUGAUAAGGUCCUCCAUCAAAUUUAUGCCACUCUGCAGACACUAAAGAACAAUGGUGAUGAAUUGGCGGCUGAAAUUGAGAAGCGACUAAGAAUAAUAGUUGCAGGUGGAGAUGGUACAGCUGGUUGGCUACUUGGUGUAGUUUGUGAUCUCAAAUUACCUCAACCUCCACCGAUAGCUACAGUACCGCUGGGAACAGGGAAUAACCUCCCAUUUUCAUUUGGUUGGGGAAAGAAAAACCCAGGCACAGACCGUUUAUCUGUGGAGUCAUUUUUGAAACAAGUAAAGGCUGCCAGGGAAAUUAAAAUUGACAGCUGGCACAUUAUCAUGAGAAUGAAACGCCCAAAAGAAGGUUCUUGUGACCCUGUUGCGCCUCUUGAACUGCCCCAUUCCUUGCAUGCAUUCCAUCGUGUCUCUGAAUCAGAUUCACUAAAUAUGGAGGGUUACCACACUUUUCGAGGGGGCUUUUGGAACUAUUUUAGCAUGGGAAUGGAUGCUCAAGUAUCAUACGCCUUCCACUCUGAGAGGAAGUUACACCCAGAGAAAUUUAAAAACCAAUUAGUAAAUCAGAGUACUUACUUAAAGCUUGGAUGUACUCAAGGAUGGUUUUGUGCCUCUCUUCUUCAUCCUUCUUCACGGAACAUAGCACAACUUACAAGGGUUAAAGUCAUGAAAAGCAAAGGUCAAUGGGAGGACCUCAGCAUACCCAGCAGCAUCAGGUCCAUUGUUUGCCUCAACUUGCCCAGUUUUUCAGGCGGACUCAAUCCUUGGGGAAAACCCAAUGGGAAGAAACUGCGUUAUAGGGAUUUAACACCUCCUUACGUAGAUGAUAGUCUUAUUGAGGUUGUUGGCUUUAGGAAUGCUUGGCAUGGCCUUGUUCUGCUAGCUCCAAAUGGACAUGGGACUCGUCUUGCACAGGCAAGUAGAAUUCGUUUUGAGUUCCGCAAGGGCGAAGCUGACCACACAUUCAUGAGAAUUGAUGGAGAGCCUUGGAAACAACCACUUCCAGUUGAUGAUGACACAGUAGUUGUGGAAAUUUCUAAUCAUGGCCAAGUGACUAUGCUUGCCACAGCAUCAUGCCGAUCCAGAAGUAUACAUGAUCCAGCUUCACCCAUUAACGAUAACGAUGAUGAGGACGAUACUGAUGAAGAAGAUGAGUCUGCUGAAGAUUGUGAAGAACGGAGGAAAUUUGGAGCCGCUGAUACUUUUAGAUUUCCGGAUGAUUUUGAUAUAUCUCAACUUAGUUGAGCUAGUCUUAGAUUUAGUUUGCAGUUUUGGCUUGUUGCUUUGGCUGUGAUUCAUUAUAUCUUGUGUAUUAUGGCCAGCCAGGAGUAGUAUCUAUUUACAAUGUACAGCCCCAUACCAACCUCAUUACUGUUGCUCCAAUCCAAUAGAAAUUUUGUGCAAUUUAGCUGCAAAUUCUGCGGCAGCACCGAAUUGCCCUGCAUGAGUGCGUGGACUGUAUGUAGAACGAUGCUUUAUAUAUGGAGAUGCACAUCCAAGCGCAAGGAAAA